AUGUCGGGUGUGGCGCGCUGGCCACACGGGGGUGACGCCAUCUUGGUUGUGGCAUCGCGAUGUCGCCAGAUUAAGGCCGCCAUCUUGGGACGACAGGUGGAGGCGUCCCGGAAGAAGCGCGUCCAGGCCCGGCGAGCGCGAGUCGGGAUCAAAAAGGACCCGGGGGUGCCGCAGCUCGGCCGCUUCGCCGCCUUCGUGCAGCAACAGAGCAAAACUCGGCAAAAACGGGCGCUGGAGGUGCAGCAGAGCUCACACCUGGGCGUGCACCUGGCGGAUGCUCUGCGGCGACAGCAAAACUUCCAGAGCCAGGAGAAGGAAGAGGAGGAGGAGCCCCCCCAGCCCCCCCAGGACGAGGCGUCACUGCGACAGUUCGGGCGGGAGCUGCGCAAGGUGCUGACGGCGUCUGACGUGGUCCUGGAGGUGCUGGACGCCCGCGACCCCCAGGGCUGCCGCAGCCCCCGGCUGGAGGGGGCCCUGCGGCCCCACCAGCGCCUUGUGCUCGUCCUCAACAAGAUCGACCUGGUGCCACGGGACGUGGUGGCCGCGUGGCUGAAGCACCUCCGGGCCGAGUUCCCCACCGUGGCCUUCAAGGCGUGCACGCAGCAGCAGAGCCGAAAUCUGAAGCAGAGCCGGGUGCCAGCGGCCACAGCCCCCGAGGAGGUGCUGGCAGGGGGGGCCUGCGUGGGGGCCGAGAGCCUCCUGCACAUCCUGAGCAACUACGGGCGCUGCGGGGGGGCCAAGACCUCCAUCACCGUGGGGGUCGUGGGGUACCCCAACGUGGGCAAGAGCAGCCUCAUCAACAGCCUCAAGCGCAGCCGAGCCUGCGGGGUGGGGGCCAUGCCCGGGGUCACCAGGUGCCUUCAGGCCGUGCAGCUGGACCGGCACAUCCGGCUCCUGGACUGUCCUGGCGUGGUGCUGGACUCGGGGGACCCCCCUGCCGCCGCCCCCCUGAGGGGGGCCCUGGCCCCACAGCGCCUGCGGGACCCCCUGACCCCCGCCUGUGCCAUCCUGCGCCGCUGCCCCCCCCAGCAGCUCAGCGAUCUCUACGGGGUCCCCCCUUGCUCUGACCCCCUGCAGUUCCUGGCCCACCUGGCCCGGAGGCAGGGCCGGCUCCGGCCUGGGGGGCUGCCGGACGCCAACGCGGCCGCCACGGCCCUGCUGCGAGACUGGACCAGCGGGAAGAUCUCAUACUACACCCACCCCCCCAAAUCCCAAGGGGUGCAGCUCGAGGCCCAAAUCCUGCCAGCACUGGGGCCAGCACUGGACCUGGAGGCUCUGGAACGGGGCGAUGCCGAGGCCCUGGCAGCUGUCCCAGUGACGGUGACAGGGCUCGGGCUGUCCCCGGGCAAUCCUGAGGAGGAAGAGGAAGGAGAAGCCAUGGAGGACGACAGCGGUGACCCAGAGCUCGGCACGAUGACAGUGGAGCUCAAGCCCCGGGUGAAAUCGGGGGGCACUGGGGGGGAUUCAGUGCCCAGAGCCCCCAAUCUGGAGGAGGUUGCUGCACUCCCACCUCUGUUCCAAGGCCAAGGGUUGCAGGCAGCUGGAAAAAGGAGGAAAAAGCUGCAAAAAAGAGCACAGAAAAUCGCCACGAAGCUGUCAGAGACGUUGGAGGCAGCCAUGCAGUUCUGAGGCACCUACAAAUUAAAUAAAAAUACUAUAUUUAAGUGAGAAA